AGGAAGUUCCUCCCACUCUCACACACAGACGACUUAGAGAGAAAACAAGACUGAAUCCUAUCAGUGUUCAUGGUAAAAUGGCAGAAGCCAGUUCCACACUGGAUCCGAGCCAGUUCAGUUGUGCAAUUUGUCUGGAUCUACUGAAGGAUCCAGUGACUAUUCCCUGUGGACACAGUUACUGUAUGAGCUGCAUUAAGAGCUGCUGGGAUGAGGAGGACCAUCUUGAAGUUUACAGCUGCCCCCAGUGCAGAGAGACCUUCACACCCAGACCUGUUCUGGGCAGAAACACCAUACUGGUUGAAGUGGUGGAGAAACUGAAGAAGACUGGACUACAAGCAGCUACUCCUGCUGACCAUUAUGCUGGACCUGGAGAUGUGGAGUGUGAUGUCUGUACUGGGAGAAAACACAAAGCUGUCAAGUCCUGCCUGGUGUGUCUGGCCUCUUACUGUGAAACUCACCUCCAGCCUCACUAUGAGUCUCCAGCUUUUAAGAAGCACAAGCUGACUGAUGCCGCUGGACGUCUGCAGGUGUGGAAGGACAAUGUCUGUUCCCAAAAUGACAAACACCUGGAGGUCUACUGCCGUACCGACCAGCAGUGUGUCUGUUAUCUGCGUACGACGUAUGAACACAGAGGCCAUGAUAGAGUCUCUGCUGCUGCAAGAAGGGCAGAGAAACAGACACAAAUGGAGGAAUUUCAGCAAAGAAUUCAGAUGAAAGAGAAGGAGCUGCAGGAGCUGAGAGAGGCUGUGGACUCAAUAACAAGAUCAGCACAGUCAGCAGUACAGGACAACGAGAGGACCUUCACUGAGAUGAUCCGCUCCAUUGAGAGAAGAUGUUCUGAGGUGACAAAGCUGAUCAGAGAUCAGGAGAAGGCUGCAGUGAGUCUGACUGAAGGACACAUGGAGAGACUGAAGCAGGAGAUUGAUGAACUGACGAGGAGACACUCUGAGCUGGAGCAGCUUUCACACAGAGAGGAUCACAUCCAUUUCCUCCAGAGUUGCCAGGGUCUUCCUGUUACCCCUGAAGCUGCAUUUGGACCCAGAAUCUCUGUCAGUCCAUGUUUUGAUUUUGAGAACGGGAGGAAGGUGGUUUCUGCACUGAAAGAUCAACUGGAGAAUGUUUGUGAAAAGAAAACAAAAGAGAUUCGUCAUGCAGUUACCAAAGACACCAUCCUACUGCCAUUAGUGCCCAGGACCAGAGCAGAAUUCUUACAAUAUUACUGUCAGCUCACUCUGGACUCCAACACAGCAAACGAAGAACUCCGUCUGUCUAAGGGGAACAGAGUGGUGACAAUGACUGGAAAGGCACAGUUAUAUCCUGAUCACCAGGAGAGGUUUGACGUACGCCCCCAAGUGCUGUGUACAGAGGGUCUGACUGGGUGCUGCUACUGGGAGGUUGAGUGGAGCGGGCGGGUGGUCGCUAUAGCCGUCACGUAUAAAGGGAUCAACAGGAAAGGAGAGGGUGAUGACAGCAGGCUUGGAUACAAUGACAAGUCCUGGCGUUUGUACUGCUCAGGCUCCAGUUACUCAUUCCAGCACAAUAAAGUAGAAACUGCAGUAUCUGGCCCCCCCUCCUCCAGGAUAGGAGUGUACCUGGAUCACAGGGCAGGAACUCUGUCCUUCUACAGCGUCUCUGACACAGUGACCCUCCUGCACAGGGUCCAGACCACGUUCACUGAGCCCCUCUAUCCUGGGUUUGUUCUUUGGAACAGUACAGCCAAACUGUUCUGACUUGGUAAACAGGGGGUUGUAUGCAUCCCAUUAGAUUAGCAAGAUAACUAAUACUACAGAACGAGACUGCGAGCUGUGACUUGUUUGCAUUUUACCCCAGCGAACCCUAAAACCGCGCCAACUGGCAUUAUAAAGACAGAAGAGAAAGAGAAGCAGAGCUCAGAAAACCAAGGUGUGUCCUUCAGCUCUGGGGAUAACCUGGAUGGGAUUCAAGUACUGGCAUUAUUUAGGUAGUUAGCAGCUGGAAAUAAAAUAAAAAGUGAUGCAUUUCUUGAAAGUUAGUGAAAUUUUCGCACCCUGUGCAGUGACCGCCAAGCUUGCUUGUGUAUGUGUCUUUGUCUCAUGGGGAGAUUAAUGGGAUAGGUGAAAAAAUAGGAUGAGUAAAGUAUCAUUCUAUUCUAUUAUUUCUAUUCUAUUGUAUUUUGUUCUAUUCUAUUCUGUAGGCAUGUUUCCUUUAAAUGAUUAUAAAAUGUUUAGUUUGGAAAAUUCUUCAAAUGAAAUUGAUUUUUUUUCCCCAUCAAAGAAUAUUUUUUUUACAUAUUGAUUUAUAUAAAAUUUAUAUUCAAAUCAUAAAUUCAGGACUGAUAAUGAGUUCUCUACUUCUCUACUUUGCCAUUAUGUAAAUAAAUAUAAAACAGUGCUUCCUGAA